ACGAAUCUCGAAAAGCGAAGCAAAUUUAGCUUUAGUUCAUAAAAAUCUGGAGAUUUAUAAUGGCGUAAGCUUCAAUUCGGCGAAGAGAGCGUCAACAUUGACUUGGACUUUACAGAUUGAGGUCAGAGGUGGAGUGUUGUGUUGUCUUCAGGAAUAAGCAACCUUCAAAAUUGCGGCCAUGACGCCUCAGGGGGGCAUGAUGAUGGCGGCCCCAGGCCAGUCGUCAGGUGCCACAAUCCCCCUAGCUGUUCUCAUUGAGUAUGGACUCCAGCGGACGUAUCAUGAUCUGGUCGUCUUAUCAGAGCUUUUGCCAAGAAAAACAGACAUGGACAGGAAAAUCGACAUUUUCCAGUUUGCCAGUCGUACUCGCCAGUUGUUUGUGAGGCUCCUGGCUCUAGUCAAGUGGGCCAACAGCGCCUCCAAAGUCGACAAGUGUAUGGACAUUUGUAAUUUCUUGGAACAGCAGUCCAUGCACUUUGUGGAGACCGCUGACAGCCUUUUCAAAAUGGCGAAAGAAACUUUGGCAUCUGCCCGUCUGCCCAGUUUCUCCCUGCCAUGUGCCAUCGACGUUCUAACCACAGGGACCUACCCACGUCUGCCCACCUGUAUCAGAGAGCGGAUCAUCCCCCCAGACCCAAUCACGCCCCAGGAGAAACAGCAGACGCUGCAGAGACUGAACGAGGUCAUCCAGUACCGACUGGUGUCCAACGAGCUGCCCAAACAGAUGAGGAGAAUCAAGAUUGAUCAGGGACGGGUGAAGUUCUAUGUGGAACAUGAAUUUGAGGUGACCUUGACUUUGAUGGGAGACAACCCAACAAUCCCGUGGCGUUUGCUUGAUGUCAAUUUCCUUGUUGAGGAUAAUGAGACUGGCAAUGGAAAAUCAUUGGUGCAUUCAAUGCAAGUCCACUACAUCCAUGAGCUGGCCCAGUCCAGGCUUCUCCACGUUGACCACCCCCUGCAUGACCUGUACAAGUUUUUACAUUCUUUUUGCCAGUCCUUGCAGCUAGAGGUUCUCCACUCUCAGGCUCAGAGGUUGAUGAGUGACCGCUUGAGGGACAGCAUUCGCAUCGAGGAGUACUCACUCAGCAAGUCUCUGUCCAUCUCCUACUGGAGAGACCAGCUGAAGAAAGAUAAACAUCAAGAUGUUUAUACAAUCCACAAGCUGAGUGUUCACGUGUGCGAGGAGGACGAGGGGAAACCGCUACAGAUUUCCCACCAGCCGCCCAUGUCUCCCCUGGAGAGCCGAAAAGUUGGGCUGGCCAUCAAGAGUGACCACUUGUCCAUAGAGAAACUGCUGAUGCAGACGAUUGAAGUGAGGACUCAUUCUAAGCUGAAGGAAUUGGCAAGAGAGAUACAGAAGAUGGUAGAUGGAAAAUGUGAUGUGUGUGACAUGCCCGUGGCCCUCCACGUGUCUGUGCUAAGUCCCUGCAUGUCUGCCGAGGUCCUGAGGAUCUCCAUCGAUGUACAGACCGGCUCCUACAUGGCCUCUGUGCCCUGCUGUGACCGUUCCGCGGUUCAGGGCAUUGAGGAAUGUCUGAAUGGGGAGCACCGAGGACUGGAGAAACUUUUGAUGAAACUCAAAGUGCAUCUGGUCCUGCUCCGCUGCGAGAAGUGCGUCCAGCUGAUGGUGGCCAGCUGCCGGCCCUCCCUGCCCCUCAUCAACGUCUCGGAGCAUGCCCUGGCCAAGCUGGCAAGCACCCGGCUCUACGUCAAGGUGCCCAAGCAGUACGGCAUCUACGUGGUUGUGGAGGUGCGGGAGGGGGAGAUGCGUAAAGUGGAGGUGAACUACUACAUGUUGGAGACCACUAUGUGCACGGCGGACGGGGCGGAGGAUGAGAUCGGGGAGGAUAACCUGGUCAAAGCCUUCAUGAAGGCCGGUCAGCUGACGCCCAUCGACACCUACUCCAUGGUCCACGGAGAGUUCUGCAAGAUUUUUGAUGGAAUACCUCUGACGAUGGACAGCUUGACUAGGAAGAGAAAGAUCUACUUGGGGGAAUGCGAGGAGGAGCCAGACCCCAAAAGGGUCAAGGGGUCGCCGUACUUUGUCAACGAGCUGGCUUACCUGUUGGCCAGGUGUGAGGAGAAGUUGCCAUUUGUCUUCCUGGGGGAAGAGCUGUCGAAGCACGGCGUCAGCCAUGACGGUGGCAUGCUGGACGGCACCGGCACCAGUUUCUCCAUGAGCAUUCUCUAUUUCCCAGAGAUCUUGGGCUUGCCUGAAGAUGUCAACGACGGACUACGCAAGCAGUUGCUGCAGUGUCGGUUCAGGGUCCACAGUCGCCAGCCUCGUCUCUGGGUGGUUGAGUUUGUGUUCAACAAAUCUCCUGUGCCCAGUAUACAUAUCAAAGAAAAAGGCCCCAGCCAGAGGAUCUGUCUCUCCCUGGACAUGAACGGCGACAACGUCCAGAAGACAGUGACCGACCUGCUGGACGAGUGGACGUCCAUAGCCUACCUCUACGGCUGCGUCAUGAGAUUUGCCGACAGCUACAAUGAUGCUCGCACAGGCUUGUCCACAAUGAUUGAGAUCCAGUCGUACAACUACCGGAAACUGACCAUGGCGUACGGACCCAACAUGUGCAGCCUGGUGAGCGUGGCGUGGCGGCCGACCAGCAAAAGGUUCGGUCUGACCUUGGGCACGCGGCUCCCGUCGGCGUCUGCCAACCCACACAUCCCCAUGCUGCUGCAGCUGACGGAGGAGUUCAACCUGCACGGCAGCCUGGCCCAGCUCAGUCAGACUCUCCACGACACUUGGACCCCGAUGAUGUCGGUCAGCAAACUUCCGUCGGCAGCCAUCUUGGGUGCCAGCAUGCACCCCCGACAACAUGUGCAGAAUUUUGCUGUUCUACCUCAGUCCAGUUCACAUGUUCGGAUUGUUUGUCGAAACAGCCACUGUCUGGACGUUCACUUCCGCGGCAACAAAACGGUGGCGGUCAGAGACGGGGCCUACAGCCUGUUCGACACAAGUAAACCCAUCGAGGGGCUGUACCCCACUCAGGGUCUCAAGGCUUUUCUCUCUAUGUUCGUGGACGAGGGUGUGACCAUGGGCAUGGGCAGACAAUCCACGUCGGCGGAUGACAACCCCCCGUCCCCUCAGCCCUCGGAGCUGUUCAUGUCCAGUGGCCAGGCAACGGGCUCACCGCUGUCCCGACAGCCGGGCAGCCAGCAAGGUCGCCAGGAUGGCUUCCGUUUCCACAACCCGAUGACCCCGCCCUCGAACCCGCACACGCCCGCCUCACCCGGAUCUGCCCGAUUGCCCGCAGGGGUGAACCCGAGCCCGUCCACCGCCCUGAUGGGCACGCCCUCCCCCGGCACGCUCCUCACGGCCAACUCUCCCAGCAACCCCCAGCUCCACGUGCCGUCUCCCGGCUCCUUCGUGGCUGCCUCGCCACAGUCGUCGCUGAUGAGUCUACACAUGCAGUCGCCCGCCGCCUCCUUCAUGGGGCCUGGCAUGGUAGAUGGAGGCUCCCCGUUCCCCGGCUCUAGCCUGGCCAUGCCCUCACCAGGGGGCGCCCGCGGCGGGUGGGUGGGCUCGCCGUCCGUGCAAGCCCCGUCGCCGCACACCCAGCAGUCGCCAGGACACCCAGCCCUGCAUUCGCCACAGACACACAAGGACGGCGACCACAAGAUGGCAGUGGUGAACCCACCGUCCCGCAUCCUCCCGCAGCGGGCGUGGGCUGCCUCCAUCCCAACCAUCCUGUCUCACAAGGGCUUCAACACGCUGCUCACCCCGACCCCCGAACCCCAGCAGGGGGCCGUGCAGCACCCGCCAGCCUCCCCUCUCGAGCGCUUCUUCGCCUGCAUCAUCAUGAGGAAGCACAUGGUCCGCGUUGUCAACUCUGAGAGCACCAUCACUUCGGUGCUCAGCUCCGAGCCGGGAGUGACUUGCUUCAAGGUGGAGAGUAUGCAGUUCAAGAUAACGCUCAACAGCACCACCUCGCAGUCGCUGCACAUGAAGAUCACACCAACACCCGAGUACCAGGACAAGUGGACUGCUGAAGAGUUGCAGAUCCUGGAGAAGUUCUUUGACCUGAAGGCCUUCUGUCCACCCUACAAACUGAACGCCCUCACCUCCAUUGUUAGGAUCGUCUCGGCACCGUAUCUCAUCGUCAAGGACUGCAUACAGAUCAUGAAGCUAGAGCUGAUGCCGGACCGAUCGAUGAAGUGGACGGUCCAGUGGUGCUUGACCAUCCCCCCUCCCCUGCACUGUAUCUCACAGGUCGGAGGCCCAGCGUUUGUGGUCAAGUCCAAGAUGAUCUUCAUGCUCCAGCUGACUCGGAUUGGCCUGAACGUGGGCUCGGGGGAGCAGUCCAUCGUAGUGCCGCUGCUGUACGAGAUGCAGGCCAACAAGCUGGUGAAGGUGGACUUGACGCGGCAGACGCAGGCCAACACACCCUCCAUGCAGGCCAACACACCGUCCCUGCAGGCCGUGGGCACCAUGCUCAACCGCUUCGCUGAGCACUACCAGCAGCAGAACCACAGCAACGAGUGCGCCAUCCUGCCAGCCAUCAAGGAGCUGCUCACCAAUCUGGUGCUGCCGGUGUAGAGAUACGAGACAACAAGGGUUCCCUGCCGGUGUAGUUGUGAGACAAUAGGGUUCCCUGCCGGUGUAGCUGUGAGAGAACGGGGUUCCCUCCCUGCCUGUCUAGAUAGUAGAUACAGGGUUCCUGCGGCCUCCUUAAAUUCAAGGAAUCCUUGAAAGCUCCUUGAAUUUCUCCGGUUCAGGCUUGAAAAAAUUUUUUCUCGAAUUGCUCUUGGCGCACCGUCAUAAACGGCAUGAAUUUCUUGACCAAAUCUGCUUGAAGUUUUAAAAUUUCUCCUUGACACCUCCUUCAAGUUGGUGGGGAGUUCAUGGCAGGAACUCUGUGUCUAAAUACAAGACAACAGGGUUCUCUUCCUUUCUAGAUACAAGAAAAAAGGGGGUUCCCUACCUGUCUAGAUACAGUGCAGCCUCUCUAUAACAACUUCGUCGGGGACCAGAAAACAAUGUUGUUACAGAGAGAGAACUGCUGCUUUUUCUUUCCUCAUCCUUACUAUCGUUAUUUUGCCUCUACUUCUUUUGUAUGUUUGUCACU